UCCCAACUCACACUCGUCUCCUAGCCUUGAAAUUAAGGCUGCUGCGUUGCGGAUCCUCCCGAACACGCAAUUGCUUGCCUGAGGCACUGAACUUCAUCCUGCCCGGCAAAGAUCCCAGGAAAGAACAAAGAGCACAUUCCUUAGAUCAAUUCGCAUCUCAACAAAGUCGGCCCCUAUUCACAAACCCCUUCUCUGGGCUCUGAAAUUUCCUUCGCGGUGCAGCCACCCGUAUUUUAUCUCUCUGCGCCUACGGGCCAGUGAGAAAGAGCCUACAAGCGAUCAUAUCAACUCCCUUGAUCCCCACGCGCACUUCGUUCGCACGUCUAUCGCCAGACCCAGAGGAUAUAGAAGAGAAACCAAGGGGAAGAUGGGGAAUUCCGUGCCUGAUCUUGAUGCCGUCGGCCUGAAGGCUGAGCCUGAGCUAGCUGAUCAAUUCCGCAGAGAGGUCGCAGAGCUACUAGGUCGCAAAAACCUCAGCUUCCCCGGCGCCCAACCGGUCAGCUUUUCCAGGCACCACCUCACCGAACUACAACGCGAAGAUUAUUAUGUAUGCGAAAAGACGGACGGCAUCCGCUGCCUCAUGUACUUUGCGCGCGGAGAGCCAGACUCAGACAACCCGGAAAUUCACUACCUGAUCGAUCGCAAGAACGAGUACCGCUACGUUCCGAACCUGCACUUUCCCCUGCCCAACGAUGAUACCUUCCAGUCUUUCCACGUGGAUACGCUGGUGGAUGGCGAGCUUGUCAACGACACGUACGAUGAUGGCACCCAGCAGCUAAAAUACCUCGUCUUCGACUGCCUCGUAUUAGACGGCCAGAGCUUGAUGCACCGCACGCUCGACAAACGCCUCGCAUACUUUAAGGAGAAGGUUCUGAAGCCGUACAACGCGCUUUAUCAGCGCUUCCCCGAAGAAAAACAACACCGGGUUUUCACAGUCGAAGACAAAUCUACCCAGUUCAGCUACGGCAUCGAGAUGAUGUUUCGUGAAGUGAUCCCCAAAGUGAAGAGAAUCCACGGUAAUGAUGGACUCAUCUUCACCUGCCGCAGCACACCGUACCGUAUCGGCACGGAUGAACACAUUCUGAAAUGGAAACCUCCCGCCGAAAACACAAUCGACUUCCGGCUCCGUCUCGAAUUCCCCGUCCUCGAACCGGACACUGAUGACGAAGCAGACGGCAUCACAGAACCUUACCCUGACUAUGAUGCUUUUCCCAUCUUCCACCUUUUCGUCCUCCACAAUAAUGAUCAAUACCAACCAUUCGGUGAGAUGUACGUGGCCCCAUCUGAAUGGGAAGAUCUCAAGGCCCUCCAGGUGCCACUCGACGACGCAAUCGUCGAAUGCUCCAAGGACGAGACUGGCCGAUGGCGCUUCCACCGAGUGCGCGACGAUAAAGCAGACGCAAAUCAUUUUACAACCGUGGAUAAGGUAUUACAAAGUAUCGAGGACCGCGUUACGGAAGAUGAUCUCAUCCGCUCUGCGCCGGCUAUCAAAACGGCUUGGAAAAAGCGUGCCCAGGGGGGUGACUUUGAUGAUCGGAAACCGCGUGCGAGGCCGGCUGGCCCACCGCAUGUAAACGGGAAUGGGGUCAAAAGGAAAUUCGAGGAAUAA